AGGACUACUUAUCAAAAAAUGAUUGAAGAAAACAUUAUAUACAUAGGAUUAAAAAAGUUUUAAGACUGACGCUAGUUCUAGUUCUAGUGGGUUUAGAUUUAGAAAGUACUAGUAUAACGAAGUGAGAAGCAAGGACGUUCGUUUAGGUUCAGAAAGUACUAGUAUAGCGAAGUGAGACUGAGAGAAAAAAGGACCACAAAGAUGGCCGUCGAAUUCGACGAUGAUGACGAGGACGUGCCACAACAGGCACUAGCAGGGAAUAAGAAAGACCCGAUGCAGGCAGUAAAAGGUAUAACUUAAUGCAGUUUGCAGAUGAAGUGAAUACUAGAUCGACUCGAAAUCGAAUAUAGUCUUCUUCAUCUAUCAUGUAGUCGCGCUGUUUUCUCAGAACAAAGUAGCUACAGCAAGGGGUGACGAAGGUAAUGUGAAUUAUGCUAAAGCACGAAAAAGAUUUUGUUCUGGCUUCUGUCGUCCUCGAUUGCACUAAUAUCGCACUUGAAAUGAAUCAAACUCCUCACCAUGAAAAUCCACCUCCAACAGCCCUGAUGGGCACUGCUCGUACCAAGCUUGACGCGAUGCGUGCUCAGCUGGAUGCCAACAGCGAGAAAGUGCAACUCCUGAAGAGCGAAUUCAAAACCCUGAAGAGACAAAACGCCCAUUUGACCAAGCAGCAACAGGGGAGCCUACAGGAACUGGAAAGCGGUCUUGGAAAAUAG